AUGGUGGCUCGCAUUUUGUCAGCCCGUCAGUUGAUCCGCCUGCUUGUGGAGAUACCUGCCUAUUGCAAGACCCCAACAGUGUCAUUGUCAGUGUUGUUCAUAUGGAAGCAGUUUUCCUCCACGAGCGGUGCUUUUGAGGUUGCUGCUGUUAUUGUGGGUGUUGUUGGUGCUUGUACUGUUGCUGCUGUCGCAACUGGUGCUGCUGGUGUUAUAGCUGGAAAAACUUGUGAUGUAACUCACUUUAUCGGUCGCGAUACUAGUAACCCUUACCUUCGUUCGGAAUACGGCCAAUCGUGGGACCCGAAAUAUUCAUACAAAGAGGCUGCUACGAAGCGUCUCGAUUGA